AUGGCAGCUACAACUUCGGAAAAGUCGGGUGUCGCUCGAGACGGCGAUGCAGUGAAGGAAAGCGCCUUGCAUUCACCGAGGUCUAGCAGCGAUCGCAACGGCGAAGACGACGACGAAACCGGAUCGCAAGCUUGGGAACCUUUUGACGAGGACUGGGCCGACCCAACCCUACAUCAGCAAGCUGCCUCGCGCGACGGCGCAUCCGAUCCGAACGACGACGACGACGACGACGGUUGGGUGCGCAAUCCAAAUAACCCGGCAGAGAUGACGAAGUGGGCAGGACAGCCCUCUGUUCGAGGCUCGUCUGAUGCCAUGCGCAUGAUACUGCUCAACUUUUGCACAUUGGGGAUAACCUUUACCUGGGGAGUUGAGAUGACCUACUGUACACCGUACCUACUAAGUCUGGGACUCACCAAAAGCAAAACCUCCUUGGUUUGGAUCGCUGGUCCAUUGUCGGGCUUGGUCGUCCAGCCCAUUGUCGGCGCAAUUGCAGAUGAAUCCAGAUCACGAUGGGGCCGUCGUCGACCCUUCAUAGUCAUUGGCGCUAUCGUGGUUGCGCUCAGUCUCUUGGCCCUCGGCUUCACGCAAGAAAUAGUGGGACUUUUCGUAUCGGAUGAAGAAGCCGCAAAGACGAUUACAAUCUUGGUCGCCGUCCUGGCAAUCUAUGCCGUGGACUUUUCCAUCAAUGCAGUGAUGUCAGCCGCCAGGAGUCUCAUGGUGGAUGUUUUGCCUAUUGCAAAGCAACAAGAUGGAGCAGCAUGGAGCAGCAGAUUGUCUGCAAUUGGCCACAUGAUUGGCUAUGCUGCCGGCGCGGUUGAUCUGGGCGCCAUCUUUGGCGACUUUCUGGGCGACACCCAGUUCAAGAAGCUCACAGUGGUCGCUGCUUUUGGCAUCUUGUCAUCUUCACUCGUGACAGCCAUGACAGUGACAGAGAAGAUACUUGUAGAUGUUCGAAAAGAUCCGCGGCAGGAGGGCGGCAGGCUCAAGGUGUUUGGCCAGAUUUGGUCAACCAUCCUCCAUUUGCCUCCACGCAUCCGAGCCAUUUGCCAUGCACAAUUCUGGGCAUGGAUUGGAUGGUUUCCUUUCUUGUUUUACGGAACCACCUGGGUUGGCGAGACCUAUUUCCGAUACGAUGUCCCUGAUGAUGCUAGGGAUUCCAAAGACACACUCGGUGAUAUGGGUCGCAUUGGCAGCACUUCCUUGGUGAUUUACUCGGCCAUCACAUUCAUCGGUGCUUGGCUUUUGCCUCUGCUAGUAAAGAGCCCAGAAGACGAGAGCUUCACGCAGCGGCCACCACAAAGUGUUGCGCAUGUACUGGAAAAGUUUCAGCGAUACAAGCCCGACCUAUUGACAGCAUGGAUGAUGGGACACGUUCUCUUUGCCGGCGCCAUGUUCUUAGCGCCCUUUGCGACGAGCUUCAAAUUCGCAACAGUUCUUGUGUGUAUCUGCGGAUUACCGUGGACAAUGGCGAUGUGGGCCCCAGUUGCUUUCUUGGGCAUUGAAGUGAACAAACUAAGUGUUGGUGGCGGCGAUCGCGGUACAUCAUCAUAUCAUCCACUAGACUCUGUCGAGAUGUCUGAAAUGAAUGAUCGAUCCUCGUUGCACUUGGAGCGUGGACCUGUUGAACAGGACGAAUCAGACGGAGACGCAAAAAGCGGCUCAUCAGGUGAACUAUCGGGCAUCUACUUCGGGAUCCUGAACAUCUAUACGACAAUACCGCAGUUCAUAGGGACCUUUAUCAGCACGAUCGUGUUUGCCAUUUUCGCCCCAGGAACACAUCCCGACCUUCAUGGCGGAGGACAAGAUGAUGAGUCAAAGAAAACCCCUGCCGCUGACGGACCUAAUGCCAUUUCGAUAUGCCUGUUUAUUGGCGCAAUGAGUGCGACUGUGGCGAUUUUUGCGACACGAAAACUCAAAUACUUGUAA